GAACUGCGGACCACAGGAAGCCAUUUUCCCGAGGGAGGACGUGCGUGGGUGAAUGCUUCUCUGUGUUGCCCAGCCACUAAUGUUCCACACGCCGCCAACAACACACCACUCCCCCCGUCACCUUGCAGGAUGUGUGUUGAUGUCCGUUUGUUGUGUGCGUGGGUGACGGUGAUGGCAGUCAUAUAUGUAACAGCGGCGGUUGGACCUCGUCGCCCCAGCAAUAACGACAUCAACAGCGUUGAUAGCAGAGAAGAUUACUUAGCCGGGCAGCCGGGAUUAGCAACGUGUGGUGCUGCUCUUCUACAGGAACUAUACACUAUCACUGAUCUAGUUUUGAGUAUUAGCAACCAAACAGCCAUGCCGCUGCAGCCGCCGGAGCCGCCACCUGUAGUCCAAGAUUGUUCCUCAUUGCGCUUGGCGGGGAUACAGGGCAGCGGAGUGUACCACGUGUUUCCGUUCACCUUCAAGGUGUACUGCGACAUGGUGAAACACGGCGGGGGUUGGACAGUCAUACAACGCAGACAAUCGCAGAGAGUGCAAGAAAACUUCGCACGAGAUUGGAGUUCCUACCGGGAAGGCUUCGGGGAACUGAGGGGCGAAAUGUGGCUGGGUCUGGAGGCGUUGCACCUGCUCACGCACUCCGCCCAUUAUGAGCUGAGGGUGGACAUGGUCGACUAUGAGCUGGGACGCAAAUACGCCCACUACCAGGUUUUCCAAGUGGGUGCCGAAGAGGACGGUUAUCGGCUAUUAGUGGCCAACUACUCAGGUGAUGCAGGCGACGCGCUCUCGUACUACCACUCUGGCCGUCGCUUUUCCACCUUUGAUCGUGACCAGGAUAUGACCCUAAACAAAAGCUGUGCCCAGGACAAGGAGGGAGGCUGGUGGUUCGACGCCUGCUACUCUGCACACCCCAACGGCUGCUUCCCGGCCACGCUCGGGCGAACGGACAGCAAGAACAUCCGUUGGUGGAAGUCUCGUGAACAGGUACUCGUCCUCACUUACAUUGAAAUGAAAAUUCGUCGACGGGCUUCACGUGACGUUGCGGUAGUGAGGGGCGAGGACACGGCAGACUCAAACAGCAAUCACCAUGACCAAGGCCUUGACCAAGACGAUGACCAUGUGUUAUUUUCCAAAGAGGAGGAGGUAGGGCAUGAGUCUGAUGACUACCCGGCACAUAACAACCAUUAUGAUGUAGAAGGCCGUUCGGACAUUUUACCCUAAAAACUGCAAAUUCACUAGUUUUCUUGCCUUAUUAUUAUUGUUAUUAUUAUUAUUAUUAUUAUUAUUAUUAUUAUUAUUAUCAUCAUCAUCAUUAUUAUUAUUAUUAUUAUCAUUAUUAUUAUUAUUGUCAUUAUGUAUCAAUACGAGAGGAUCGAAACAAGUUGCAGUUGCCAGAUACACUAGAUAUCGUAAUAUUUCACAGAAAAGGAUGUAGCUUACUGCAUAUCGUAUAUUUUUGGAUAUUCUACUCUAAGAUACCGAGAUACUGAAAUAUAUAAAAUAUAUCUAAACAUGUAUCUACGACAAAAUACUGUGAUAGUAUAACAAGGUUAUAUAAAUGCACUGAGGACAUUUUUUAUACAGUACUAUCUCUAUUCCUGGGAAAAAUUACUUCAUUCUUCAAUUGAUAACUCAAAGUCAGUAUUUUUUCUUCUUGGCUAGGAAAUAGGCUACAAGAAACUAUGAACAUAAGAAGCCCGCUAAAUGAGUUUAUUUUCAUAACUAAGAAAUUAAUGUCUGAUAGUGAGAUUGCCUAUUGCCAACCAAACCAAUUCUACUGCAUAGACCAGGGGUUUCUCAACCGGGGUUCCCCGAAACCCUAAGGUUCCGCAGAAGGUCCCUAAGGGUUCCGCAAGAACAAGUGAGAUAAGCUAAUGCACUUUUGACUUUUUAUUUAAUUUCAUAUACGUAAUAUAACUGAACACGCACAAUAUAUUAUUGGUUAUUGUAAUAUUAUAAUAUAUUAUUUUCCUUAAACCAGCGAUUAAAAUUUAUAUCAUGAUAUUUGUCACGUGAAAUACGAUGAAAAAAAAAAAAAUAAAUAAAUAUAUGAUA